AUGUCUCUGAGGGAACGCGAGCAGUUGUUGAGUGCUGAAAACCAGCAGUCUGUUGCGAACACCUCUACCCCACCAGAUGGACAUGGCCCUGCCUCCUACACCAUGGAUGUUGACACCAUGUUUCCUCCUCCUGGGGAAGAAGGUUUUUCAUUUAGUCAUGGGGAGAAGAGGUAUCAUUGUAUGCGGAACUGGAGGAAAUCACAACUGAAAGCUCAAGGUUCAUGUCUUGACUUACGUGAUCGCAGUGGUCGUGUAGCCCAGCAACUUGCUGACUGGUCUACCCAAUACAAUGACCUUACAGAUGCGCUUCUUCACUACCAUCACCGUGAUCAUCAAACAACAGCACCUUCCCCCGCCAUUGAUAGUUCAUUCUCAAUCAAGGUGAUUGAUAUUUUCGAUGCGCAGUAUCCACACUUUUAA